GAGGUGAUGACGUUGUUUGGAAUGCAAGCCAUGAGGGAACUCUAGUGAUCAAAGUACCCCUAAACCCGACCUUUUCCAUCCUUGGAUACUAUUUCAAGGGGGCGGCGAGAUCGGGUCGCGACAAACUUGCUUUAGCUCGAGGGGGUCUCAUGUGGCGAGUAAUGAACAUGAUGUAUCAUCUCUUGAAAAACUUGUUAUGCAUCAUUCAUCCCAUCAGAAUAUGUUACAUCAAAAUGCCUGAAACCAUAUCAAGGAAUGAAGGCACUAAGAAGUUUAAUUCUGGUGUGUGAUGGAUCUAAUAGGGGCUCUUUCUCUAUUUCCAACAAGGUGCUACAUGACUUGUUAACAAACUUGAAGUACUUGAGAGUAUUCUCAUUAUGUCAUUGUGACAUUGUAGAGGUACCGAAUUGUGUUGGUGAUUUAAAACAUCUUCGAUAUCUCAAUUUCUCGUACACUCAUAUCAAGAGGCUACCGGAGUCAAUUGGCGCCUUGUGCAAAUUACAAGCUUUGAUUUUAAGAGGUUGUCAAAAGCUUUCAAAGUUGCCUCAAGGUAUCACAAAGUUAGUAUGCUUACAGUUUCUUGAUAUUAGACAUACAGAGAGUCUAAAAGAGAUGCCAUUGGGUAUUGGUAAUUUAAAGAAUCUUAUUUUCUUGUCCAAAUUUGUGGUAGGACUUGAGAAAGGGUCGCAGUUGAGAGAGUUAAAGAACUUGCCACAUCUUGAAGGAAAAUUACUCAUAUUAGAAUUGCAAAAGGUGGAAAAAGUUAUAGAUGCAAUUGAUGCUAAUUUGCUUCGAAAGCUAGGCCUUACCCACUUAUGCCUGCAUUGGGGUGAACAUUUGGGAGAUCUCCAUAAUCAUGAGCGCACAGGUGCUUGACUCUCUGCAACCUCACACUAAUCUUGAAAAUCUCGCUAUUUGGAACUAUCGUGGUGCAAUAUUCCCAUCAUGGUUAGAUUGUACAUCCUAUUCUAAAAUAGUGUCUUUAUACUUGUGGGACUGUCCUAAUGUUAUGUCGCUGUCUAUGAUUGGACAACUACCUUCACUUAAGGAAUUAUAUCUUAAAGGUCUACAUGCAAUAAGAAUGAUAGGCUCUGAAUUUUACGGAGGUGAAAGGCCUUUUUCAUCCUUAACCACUUUGGAGUUCGAAGAGAUGUUGGCAUGGAAGGAUUGAUCUCCUUAUGUUGGGCGCCAAGAAGAAGAAGAAGUCUCAUUCUCUUGUCUUAAGCAUCUUGUUGUUCGAGGUUGUCCUUUGUUGAUUGGGACAUUGCCUUGUCAACUUGAUCAUCUCACAAAGUUUGAAAUUCAUUCAUGUCCGCAUUUGAAGAACUCAACCAAUGAUGUUUGUCUUCCAUCUCUCCAUGAGUUGUUCCUUAAGGGUUGUAACAAAAAGAUCUUGAAGAGCUUGAUCAACCUAACUUCUUUGAGGAUUCUCACAAUUGAGAAUCUUGCAAAGCUUGUUUGCUUUGAUCAUGGGUUUAUGAGCCACUUGAUCAAGCUAAAGGAGCUUCAUAUAGAAGGGUGUCACGAGUUAAAAUACUUGUGGCAAGAUGGAAAUGAAAUGCUAAAUCUUACUUGCCUCCAAGAAUUAACCAUCAAAAGCUGUCCUCAAUUCACAUCAUUCGUGGUUGGAGAAACAGAAAUAGAGCUGCCAUGCAACCUUGACAAGAUGGAAUUGAGUAAUUGCACCAGUUUAGAAAAGCUUCCAAGCAAGAUGUACACACUCACUUAUUUGUGCAUUGGAGGGUGUCCAAAACUCAUAAGACCAAACAUUUCUUCAUAUGACCCCAACAACAACAACCCGAUGUCUCAACUUGAAUCUUCAUGUACAGGUAAAUGUGAUUCUCUAACAUUUUGUCCCUUUGCCAAUGGUAGACUUGCUACUUUGAAGACAUUUGUUAUUGGAUUUUGCGAGGGAGUGGAAUUGCUGGAAGAAAUCACCAUAGAAUCACUCAAAGAUAUGGAUAUUUACUGUUGUCCGAAUCUAAGAAGCCUACCACAAUUCCUUCUGAGGCUCUCCCAUCUCACUAAAUUGAGUAUAACUGACUGUCAAAUAGAGGACUUUCCUCCCCUUCCUCUCACCCUAUCGAGUCUCACACUUAUGAGAUGUCCGAACAUAAAGACUAUCACCAGUAUCACCAGUUGUAACAAUCUCACUUAUUUGAGUGAGCGUGGGGCAUUGGAAAUAAUAGAUUCCCUUCCCCUUCCCAUCGGGUAUGUCUUUCUUGAUGAUUGUCCGAAGAUAAAGUCUCUACCAAAGUGGUGUCAUCUUACAUCCCUCUGGUUCAUAUACAUUAGGGGUUGCCAAAAUAUCCAAUGCUUGCCUGAAGGAGGUUUGCCUCCCAAUUUGCAGGAGUUUCAUUUUCUUAAGUGCGAGAAUAUGAAACAGCCGUUGAGAGAAUGGGGCUUACCCCUGCUCACAUCCCUCACGAGUCUAGCAAUUGACGGAAGAAGCAUGGGAGGGGAGGGAGAGAAGGUGCGGUUUCCUUCGGAGGAGGAGGAUGAGGAGGAUGCUUGGAGUCUUCUCUUUCCUUCCUCUCUAACCCGGCUUGCGAUAGAAAUGAGGAACGUGGAAAGACUAUGAGAUGGCCUUCGCAACCAUCUCUCCUCUCUCCGAUAUUUAUCAAUUUCAAAUUGCCCAAAGUUGAGGGACUUGCCAGAGGAUGGCCUCCCUCGCUCCCUCCAACAAUUGCUUAUAUGGGAAUGCGGAAAUCUAAAAGAUCGAUGCUCAAAACACACCGGCAACUAUUGGCCCCUCAUCCAAGAGAUCCCUUACAUCCAGAUUGAUUGGGUUCGGAUUCAAUGAAUUGAUUCGUCCCGGUACGAUCAGGUUUUGUAGGGUUUGGAUGCCUCACAUAAAUUUUUGGGAAAAUCCAAGAAAACCCUGACAUGUCAUUGAUUGGUUUCAAAUAUGGUGAAGUGAAAUUGAUCCACUUUCGCUUUCAUUUGCUAACUGUGGCGAUUCAUGCUUCGAUGUGCAGUCAGUUUUCUAGGGUCCAGCGAAAAAAGAAGAAGAAGAAGUUAUCUGAGGAACGUGGAAAGGCUAUCAACAAGGGAGGAUGUAAGAAGCAUGGAAUAUUCUGUUUCCUUGAUCUCUACGUCUCUUUAUAUGAGAACUAGGUGGAACAUGGAAAGAUCAUCAAGUUGUCUUCGCAGCCAUCUCUCCACUCUUGAACAGCUACAUUUUGUAGGUUACUGGAAUUUGCCAGAGGAUGGCUUCGUUCCCUCCUCCAAGUAUUCGGCAUAAUUCACUGUGAAUUUCUGAAAGAUUGAUGCUCAAAACUUAGUGGCAACUAUUGGCACCUCAUCCAAGAAAUCCCACUCAUUGUAGUUCAUCAAAUUCAGAUCCAAUAAGAAGAUAUCUAUCCAAUUUCUAAUUUUUGCUCUUCAGAAUAUCCCAUUGUCAUCUUUAUUUGGCAAAAUUUCUCAGGAGGAUCAAUGCGAACAGUGCCGAGGGAGGCGACUGAUAUGCUUAUGUUCAUCUUUUGCAACUUAACAAAAGAAAAACAAAAGGCUAUUUAUUAUAGGAAAGGCAGGAAGGAGCAAUAAGGAAGACUAUGAUCUGUCCGAAUUCUGGAGAUAUCUCUAUGCGAGAUUCUGAAAGAUUGAUGCUCAAAACUGACCAACGACUGUUGGCCCCUCAUCAAAGAGAUACCUCUCAUCUACAUUGGUGGUGUUCGUAUCCAAUGAAUUGAAAUUGAUCACACCCGAGCCAUGACAAAAGAUUUAUCUCCACUGACUACUUUUCCUUCUUCAGGGAGGUGUUUUUCAAAGAAUUUCCAAAAACCAGGCACCAAAGGUCAGAGACUGACAUUCGAGUGUGUCGUGUAUGUCCUUGAUGGGGUUUUUUCUUUUUAGGCCAACUAAAAUUUGGAGCUGUAAAAUGAUCUUUAGCUUCUUGAAUCCCAGCAGGAGCAUCCUUUAGUCUUUAAUUGGGCUGCUUGGAGAAAUUGAUGAUAUCCUUGUAUACCACAGCUACAUUCAACUCCACUAAUACCUUGGUUUAGCAUUUUCUUUAGCUACUGCAAUGCUCUUUGAACAGCAAGUAAUUCAGCCUUCUUUGCAAAUCUAGGCAUCACCACACCCCUGCAGGCAAUCAUCUCCUGCCUUUCAUUUUUUGCCAUAAUCUUGACAACAGCAUGCCUGGUUCCUUCAAUACUUUUGGAUGAGAAAUAUGAGGAAUGUGGAAAGACUAUCAACGGUGGAGGAUAAGAAGUGUGGAAUAUUCUGUUUCCUUCAUCUCUAAUUUCUCUUUGGAUGAGAAAUAUGAGGAAUGUGGUAAGCUUAGGUGGUCUUCGCAGCCAUCUUUCCUCUCUCAAACGGCUAUCCUUUAUAGGUUACCGGUACUUGCAUAAGAAGAUUUCUCUCCAAUGUCUAAUUUUUAUUCUUCAGAAUAUCCUCACUGUCAUCUUUAUUUGGCAAAAUCUCUCAGGAGGAUCAAAUGCAAACACUGUAGAGUUGGAGAGGAGCGAUCAGGGAGACUAUGCUUUGUCGCUCUGUUAAGUCUUCAUGAAAGCCUUAUGUUUGCCACGCUGUAUUUUGAUUUAAGCUUGCGAGAAGAUGGUCAUCCAAGACCAUUGGCAACCCAAUUAUCUCGGGUAGGCAAGUCUUGUGACUAAAACCCCACCAAAGCUGCCGGAGUUCCUGUCACGGACAACGCAAGAUACAGGCACUGUCAUCGUUAGUGGGUUAUCCUCACGACCUCACGAGUGUAGAAUAUCAGCUUGUACCAUUAGGCCACAGUCACUGGUGAUCAGCGAUCCCCCAUGUUCUGUAUUAGCAUAAUCACAGGGGCCAUUCAGAAAAUACAAAAUAACCAUAACAAUCACAUUUUUUAGACUUGGUUUGGGGAGUACCCUGUUAUGUCUUGUUGAUUUUUGGUUGCAGUCAGUUGAAUAUGUGGUUGACUAUGUGUAUAAUUUGUUUGUCUGAUUACUCUUGUAAUUGUUUAUUUCGCAUGACAAAGUAAUUUUUACUGUGGGCUACUUGA